UGCAAAUGAAUAUAAAGACAAUCUAUUUCGAAAAUUUUUUAAACCGUGUCUAAAGGAAUCUAGAGGAAUCAUGAACAGCUCCUUGAAUGAGAAUAAUAACAAACAUAAGGAUCUCGAGCACGAAAUUGUGGAAGAUUUUAGGAGAAAACCUGAAAAAAGGAAGUCUCCUUUUUUGCAAUAUACGGCUGCUGUGACUGCUUGCUUAACAGCAGCAGGAUUAGGCUGCAAUAUAUCCUGGACAAGUCCAGCAAUUCCUCACCUGAUCAGCUACAAAUCAGAAUUUGCUGUGACUAUAAAUCAAAGUACCUGGAUUGCAUCCUUAAAUAGUGUUGGCAUGGUAAUUGGAUAUCUUUUGAUCCCUUUAAUAAUGAGGCUUCUGAAUCCAAAAAAUACAUUAUUAUUACUCACGAUACCACAACUCACAUCUUGCAUUCUCAUAAUUCUUGGAAGAAAUUACAUUACACUUGUCAUUGGAAGAAUCAUAGGAGGCAUCGGUUAUGGUUCUGGAUUAUGCGCCGCUUCUGUCUACGUGGGAGAAAUUGGAGAUAAAAAUACGAGAGCAUCAUUUUUGGUGCUAAUUAAAUUGGGAAUUAAUUCAGGACCGAAUAUGUAA